AGCGCGCUUAUCACAAUGGCAAGGCCAGAGGAGAAAGCGGAACGCUACCAGAAGGCGAUGCAGAAGAUGGUUGCAGAGCUCCAGCAUAAGCAUCUUAACCCGCUGAUGAAGGAGAGCUUCUUAUGCUCAGCAGCAUGCUGCGACAUCAGAAAUGAAAGGGAGCUACAGAUUUGUCUGGACAAUUGUCAGCAGCGCGCACAAGCUGCAAAGACCUUCAUUGAGAGCAAAAUGCAGGAGUUCCAGGCCAGGAUGCAAAGAUGCAUGGAGCGAUGCCAGGACCUUGCGCAGGAGUCUGUGCCACCAAAUCCUACUGAGAAGGAUAUCUUCAAGGCACAGGACAAGCUGGCAAACUGUUUAGCAGGGUGCGCAGAGGAGUACGAGGGGAAACUUGAGCCAUUCAAAAUCGAUGUUGCCGCACAGCUCAGCAAAGCCCUGUCAAGCUGGCACGGCAGAGGCUGAUCCUAGCAAUGAUAUCUCAGCAGUGCACAGCACAGCAGGCAUUGCAGAUUGUGGCAUAUUCAGAAGUCUUUAGAGCCAGUCAGACAUCCUCACAGCAAAAUCCAGCUCGUGGCACUGUCUGCCCGGGAUCACGCUUGGAGCACCACUUUCUUGCCUUAACUUGGAAAAGUCUUUCAGCGUUUCGGUUUUAGAGCGCCAUGCAAACAUGCAUAUUGGC